CCUUCCCAGCGCCAGCCCGCCCCGGCGCUCACAGCACAUGUGCUGUCACUCAGCCAGCCACCGGCUUAUUUUAGCUCGGAGCUCGGGCGCUCGCCCAGAGAGAGAGCGGGCACUCCGGCCCAGAGAGAGCGGGCACUCCGGCCCCGAGCUCGCGGCUGCCGCUCCCGGCCCUCGUAGCCCCGCUUCAGCUCCGGGGAGGGGGGCGAUGGACACAGCCCUGCUUUUCGCCCUCUGCCUCCUGGCCCAGGGUCUCAGCCUCUCCCUGGGGAUGACGGUGCCUCCCAGCCCACUUUAUCUCUGGCGACAUCCAGCUGGGCUGAAUCGAGUCCGGAGAGCCUGGGUCAUCCCGCCCAUCAGCGUGUCCGAGAACCACAAGCGAAUUCCCUACACCCUGGUGCAGAUCAAGUCGGAUAAACAACAGCUGGGGGGUGUCAUCUACAGCAUCAAGGGCCCAGGAGUAGAUGAAGAGCCUUUUGGAAUUUUCUCCAUCGAUAAGUUCACUGGCAAGGUGUUCCUCAACGCCAUGCUGGACCGAGAGAAGACUGACCACUUCAGGCUAAAAGCUUUUGCCUUGGACCUGGGAGGAUCUACCCUGGAGGACCCGACUGACCUGGAGAUUGUGGUAGUGGAUCAGAAUGACAACCGGCCGGUCUUCCAACAGGAGGUAUUCACCGGCCAUGUCCUGGAGGGAGCCAUCCCAGGCACCUACAUAACAAAGGCCGAAGCUACGGAUGCUGACGACCCAGACACAGACAACGCGGCCCUGAGGUACUCCAUUCUGGACCAGGGCGAGACAGAGCUCUUCAGCAUCGAUGAGCACACGGGGGAGAUCCGAACCGUGCAAGUGGGGCUGGAUAGAGAGGUGGUCGGAGUAUACAAUCUGACUCUGCAGGUGGCCGACAUGUCUGGGGAUGGGCUCACCAACACUGCCACAGCCAUCAUCUACGUGGACGACAUCAAUGACAAUGCCCCAGAAUUCACGAGGGAGGAGUUCUCCGUGAGAGCCGACGAGGCCGUGGGCGGCAUAGAUGUGGGGAGGCUCGAAGUUCAGGACAAGGACCUUCCUGGUUCUCCCAACUGGGUGGCCAAGUUCACCAUUCUGGAGGGAGACCCCAACGGGCAGUUUGCCAUUCGUACAGACCCCAAGACCAACGAUGGCAUCCUGUCUGUGGUGAAGCCCUUGGACCAUGAGAGCAGGGAGCGCUACCAGCUUCGAGUGGCCGUGCAGAACGAGGCCCCCCUGCAGGCGGCCGCCCCCAAGGCUGCGCGGGGCUCGGCCACGGUGGCCGUGGAGGUCCGCGACGUGAACGAGCCGCCCGUCUUCCACAGCAACCCUCUGCGAGCCAGCGUGGCCGAGGGGGCCGCGCCUGGGACCGCCGUGGCCACCUUCUCGGCGCGAGACCCGGACACCCGCCAACAUCAGCGCAUCAGUUACUUCAAGGAUUACGACCCCGAGGACUGGCUUCGAGUGGACCGGGCCACUGGGAGGAUCCAGACCAAACGCGCCAUCAAUCCAGCCUCACCCUUCCUCAAAGACGGCUGGUACAGGGCCAUUAUUCUGGCCAGUGAUGAUGCCUCCCCGGCUCGCACAGCCACCGGCACCCUGUCCAUCGAGAUUCUGGAGGUCAACGACCACGCGCCCCUGCUGACCUCACCCACUGGCACCCUGUGCAGCGACCCCAGCCAGGGGUCUGGGCUCAUCCUUGGGGCCACCGACGAGGACCUACCCCCACACGGGGCCCCCUUCCACUUCCAGCUGAGCCCCGGCUCCCCUGAGCUGGCCAGAAACUGGAGCAUCAGCCAACUCAAUGUGACUCACGCCUGGUUACGCUUGCGGACGGAGGCUCAGGAGGGGCUGUACAGUCUGGCCCUCCUGCUCCAGGACUCGGGGCAGCCCCCCCAGCAGCUGGAACAGCUGCUCAACGUGACCGUGUGUCGCUGCGGGGAGGCCGGAGUCUGCACUCCUGGGGCGGCCGCCCUGAUGGCCGGGGGGGCCGGCAUCAGCCUGGUGGCCCUGGUCAUCGUCCUAACCAGCGUCAUCCUUCUACUCUUGCUUAUAUUGCUGGUGGCCAUCUUUGAGCGCUUUCGCCAGCGAGUUCGGGAGAAGGGGCUGCUGGACGCACUGCCGGAUGAUGUUCGGGACAACAUCCUCAACUAUGAUGAGCAGGGAGGGGGAGAGGAGGAUCAGGACGCCUAUGACAUAAACCAGCUUCGCCAUCCCGUCGAGCUGGUGCCUCCAACGGCUUUUCGGGGGAGACAGCCCCUCCGCAAGGACGCCCCCUACCACCGGAUUCCGGCCCAGCCCUCCCGGGCCCUGCCCACCAGCCCCUCGGACAUUGCCGACUUCAUCAGCGACGGUCUGGAAGCCGCAGACAACGACCCCAGUGUUCCGCCCUAUGACACGGCGCUCAUCUACGACUACGAGGGAGAAGGCUCUCUGGCAGGAACUCUCAGCUCCAUCCUCUCAAGCUUGGGGGAUGAAGACCAAGACUAUGAUUACCUCAGGGACUGGGGUCCCAGAUUCACUCGGUUGGCGGACAUGUACGGGCAGCACUGAGGGGCAGGGAGGACUUG